AUGAUCAGAAGGGCCCUGGGGAGCGUUGACGACCGAGGCAAAGUAAAAGCGCGCUGGGGAAAAUAUGGGACAGACUCCCUAAUUAGCGGUGGCACCCCGUGCGGAAACGUGGGCAAGGAUCCAAUCAAGCCAGGCAGCCGUCAAGAAGCAGCGGGCAUGAUGGGGAAAGGAACCCAAACGUGUCGACUUCCAGAUCACAGUGAUGAUUAUUAUUGCUCGGUAUGCGCAGCGGAGCUUUGGCUGGACGGCGCCAAAGCGGCCAAAACUGGGGCGGAUUCGGCAGCGGCGGCUUCUGGUGGAUAUGGAUGGCUCUGGGAUGGAACGGGGUCUGAAGCUGGGAUUUUCCCCCUGCUGCGCCCGGGAGGGGAAUAUGCGUGCCCCCUCCCCAUGAUGUAUCUUAGUACGGACUGA